GGCAGAGAUCAAUGCCACCAGAGUCCAGCUGCAAGAAGACUGAGAGAGACACAACAACUGAUCUGAGGGAAUUAAAGCUAAAUCUGUUAAGGAAGUUUCAGUGUUUGUCUGAAGGAACAGCAACCCAGGGAGACCCAACACUCCUGAAUGAGAUCUACACAGAGCUCUACAUCACAGAGAGUGACAGCGGAGAGAUCAAUAAUGAGCAUGAGGUGAGACAGAUUGAGACACAAUCCAGAAGAGCAGCAACAGAGGACACAUCUAUCCAAUGCAGAGACAUCUUUACACCUUUACCUGGACAAGACAAAGCCAUCAGAACUGUGCUGACCAAGGGAGUCGCUGGCAUUGGGAAAACAGUCUCUGUGCAGAAGUUCAUCGUGGACUGGGCUGAAGAGAAAGAGAAUCAGGACAUCCAGCUCAUAUUUCCACUUCCUUUCAGAGAGAUCAACCUGAUGAAGGACAGAACACUCAGUCUGUCAGAUCUGAUGUGUGUGUUUUUCCCUGAAACUAAAGAGAUGGAAAUAUCCAGUGAACAAUAUAAAGUGUUGUUCAUCUUUGAUGGUCUGGAUGAGUGUCGAGUGUCUCUAGAGUUUCACAGCAAUGUAAAACUGCAUGAUGUCUCUGAAUCUGCCCCAGUGGACGUGCUGCUGAUGAACCUCAUUGCAGGGAAUCUGCUUCCCUCUGCUCUCAUCUGGAUCACCUCCAGACCAGCAGCAGCAGAUCUCAUUCCCACUGAGUUUGUCCAUCGAGUGACAGAGGUACGAGGCUUCAAUGACCCUCAGAAGGAGGAAUACUUCAGGAAGAGAAUCAGAGAUCAGAGUCUGGCCGAUACAAUCAUCUCACACCUGAAGUCUUCCAGGAGCCUCCACAUCAUGUGCCACAUCCCAGUGUUCUGCUGGAUCUCAGCCACGGUUCUGGAGAAGAUCUUCAGUCAGGCAGAGAGAGGAGAGAUUCCCAAGACUCUCACUCAAAUGUACACACACUUCCUGAUCAUGCAGACCAACAUCAGACAUGAGAAGGACUAUGAGGAAAGGGUCAAGGAUGAAGAGAUGAUCCUCAAACUGGGGAAACUGGCUUUUGAGCAGCUUGUGAAAGGCAACCUGAUCUUCUAUGAGGAAGACCUGAGCGAGUGUGGCCUUGAUGUGACAGAAGCUUCAGUUUACUCAGGAUUGUGCACUGAGAUCUUCAGAGAGAAGUUUGGGUUGAAUCAGAGUAAAGUUUUCUGCUUUGUUCAUCUGAGCCUUCAAGAACAUCUAGCAGCUCUAUAUGCUCAUCACUCCUUAUCAAACCAGAACAGGAACGUGUUUAAACAAACAAAACAAAAUCUGUUGUCUAAGGUUUUAAACCAGAAGAAACAUGAUUCAUUAUCUGUUCUCCAUCAGACAGCUGUGAAAAAGGCUUUACAGAGUGUAAAUGGACAUCUGGAUAUUUUCCUGCGUUUUCUUCUGGGUCUCUCACUGGAGUCCAAUCAGACUCUUCUACGAGAACUACUGACACAGCCAGGAAGCUGCUCCUACAACAAAGAGAAAACAGUUCAGUACAUCAAGCAGAAGAUCAGGGAGGUUGACUCUCCAGAGAGAUCCAUCAAUCUGUUCCACUGCCUGAAUGAACUGGGUGAUCAUUCACUGAUGAAGGAGAUCCAGCAUUAUCUGAAAUCUGGACGAAUAAGAGAAACCAAACUUUCCUCUUCUCAGUGGUCAGCUCUGGUUUAUGUGUUGCUGACAUCAGAGCAGAAGUUAGAUGUUUUUGAUCUAAAAUAUUUUAUUGCACAAAAAACAACAGCAGAUGAAGUUCUUCAGAAGCUGCUGCCUGUGAUGAGAGAAUCCCGAUCAGUUCAGAUUAGACGUCGUGGAGUCACAGAUAAAGGUUGGGCUGCUCUUGCUUCAGCUCUGCGAUCAAACUCUUCACAUCUAACAGAACUGAAUCUGUCACAGAAUAUACUAGAAGACUCAGGAAUGGAGCUGCUUUCUGAUGGACUAAAAGAUCCUCAUUGUAAACUAAAGAAAUUGAGGUUGAUUAGGUGUGGAGUUACAGAUGAAGGUUGUGCUGCUCUUGCUUCAGCUCUGGGAUCAGACUCCACACAACUGACAGAACUGGAUCUCUCACUGAAUUAUCUUGGAGAUUCAGGAAUGAAGCUGCUCUCUACAGGACUGAAGGAUCCUCACUGUAAACUGGAGAUACUGUGGUUGGAGGAGUGUGGAGUCAGAGAUGAAGGUUGUGCUGCUCUUGCUUCAGCUCUGAGAUCAGACUCCUCACACCUCACAGCACUGAAUCUGAGUAAAAAUAUAUUAAGAGACUCAGGAGUGAAGCUGCUCUCUGAUGGACUGAAGGAUCUUGAAUGUAAAUUGGAAAUACUGUGGUUGAUUAUGUGUCAAGUCACAGAUGAAGGUUGUGCUGCUCUUGCUUCAGCUCUGACAUCAAACUCUUCACACCUGGGAGAACUAAAUCUGACUAGAAAUAAACUAGGAGACUCAGGAGUGAAGCUGCUCUCUGAUGGACUGAAGGAUCCUCACUGUAAAUUGAAGAAAUUGGGGUUGAUUGAGUGUGGAGUCAGAGAUGAAGGUUGUGCUGCUCUUGCUUCAGCUCUGACAUCAGACUCCACACAACUGAAAGAAUUGAGUCUGUCUGAAAACUAUCUAAGAGAUUCAGGAGUGAAGCUGCUCUCUGAUGGACUGAAGGAUCCUCACUGUAAACUGGAGAAACUGUGGUUGGAGUAUUGUGAAGUCACAGAUAAAGUUUGUGCUGAUCUUGGAUCAGCUCUGAAAUCAGACUCCUCAAACAUGACGCAAUUGAGUCUGUCAUUUAAUAAACUAGGAGAUUCAGGAGUGAACCAUCUCUCUGAAGGACUGAAGGAUCCUCACUGUAAACUGGAGAAACUGUGGUUGAGUUUUUGUGGAGUCACAGAUGAAGGUUGUGCUGCUCUUGCUUCAGCUCUGAGAUCAAACCCUGAACACCUGAGGCACCUGGAUAUAACUGAAAAUAAACUGGGAGACUUAGGAAUGAGAAUGCUCUCUGAUCUGAAAGAUGAUCCACAUUAUAAGCUAAAUAAACUCAAGUUGAGACAGACUGAGCAUCUCUGGAUAGAUCAUCAGAAGAAAAUGAUGGCCGCUGUGUGUCAAAAUAUAAUUUAUGGCUCUUGAUUUUUGGCAACAGGUGUCAACUUGAUGACAUCCUGUAUGCCUAAAAGGAUUGUUUAUGAAUCUGCCAUAUGGAGGUACAGGAAGAGUUCCACCAUUUUGGUUUAACCAUGUGUCAUGUUUUCACCUACCUCGCUCCCAUCUCCUCUUAACUUGUAUAGUCUAGGUAAAAUGAACGAAAUAAUUUCAGUGGCGGCCAGCAACGAAGUAAAUGAAAUUCGUUAUUGUACUUAAGUAUUUUUCCAUGUAUCUGUACUUUACUUGAGCAUUUUCAUAUGGCGAGACUUUGCACUUUAACUUCACUACAUUUCAAAGCCAAAUACUUUACUUUUUUACUCAAUUACCUUUUUACAAACCAGUCAUUCCUUUUUAUUUAUAUGGGUGGAUUAAAAUCCAUGUUUUUUUA